AUGGAUUCUCACUCCCAAUCCGAUAAACCAAACCCUCCUAAGAAGAACCGCAGCAUCACCGCUUUCGUUAUACUGCGAUGGUUCAUCGCAAUUCUAUUACCCUUCGUUUUCUUGUUCUCUGUUCCCUUUCUGUUGAGUUUACUGCUUCUCAUCCUCGCCGAUUUCUCUGUCCCUAACCCCAUAUCUCUCCCUUCACACUGCAAAAUCGUCUCCACUGGUGUUGAUAUUAGAUCAUCUAAGGUUUGUGAACUCGGAUUGUUAGAUUAUAAAGCAAAGGAUGUUUUUCGUCAUUUUGAAAGAAGCAAAUUUCGCUGCCGUUAUGAUUACUAUUGGGCUUCAGUAUUCAAGGUGGAAUACCAAGAUCACUUUUCAGGUCAGAGACAAGUUGCGUUUGCUGAGGCUCCGAGUGAAGCCCUUCCUCUUUAUUGCAGGCCUAACUUUGGUGCUGCAUGGUUGACGCAGUACAAAUUUAAGAUAAACGAGACUUAUGAUUGCUGGUACACAUCUGGCAUUUCAAAAGUGCAUUUAUAUCAAGACAAUCUCUUUGGUUGCCGUGCCGACGAGCAGUCUACUAUUGAGAAGAUUGUACAAUAUUCUACGCAGGCCAUGGAGACGGUAAAUUAUUGGUUUUCAGAUAAGAGAAGGAGGGCACUUUUUUGGAGGUGGGAAAUAAUAGCUGGUGUAAUAUCUGGAUUCUCAACAGCUUUGAUCUCCAUAACCUUUAUUAUGUUCCUCAAACAACUUCUAUCUUCAUUACAUCUGCCGUUUGCAGCAUGGUUACUUUCUUGGCGUGUAACUGCUGUUCUCAUCAGGCGCGUCUGUUUCCUUAUUGCGUACUUAUCUUUUGUGGCUUGGUUAGCUAUUGAAUAUGGGAAGAGGCUUGGUCUGACGGAUAUUUUCAGAUUCCCAAGAUUCUAG